AUGUCGUUAGCGUCGCUCAACUACGAUGUCAUCGAGACGAUCCUUACCUAUUCCGGAUCUCAAGACGCCCUGAGACUGGCGACCACCUGUCGAUCACUGUAUGCGCCGGCGGUACAGCGCCUCUUGUCUCACAUCAGUGUUGACAGUGGCUGGAGCAACGACAGGCUCCUACAGUACUGCAACUACAUGCUCGCAGACGCCAAGUCCCGUCCACGCUGCCUGAGGUCGCUCUCCAUCACAUCCAUACCAAGAGGUGACCUAUCUGCGUUCAACUCUCUCGCAGACGUCCUUCGCUCCGCUCUCGCCCUGCGGAAGAUCACGCUUACCUGGGACGUAGCAUUCGCUAUGGAGGACUGUCCCUCCUUUGAGGAUGCCCUGGCUUCUGUCGAGUCUCUCGACGUCAUUGACAUCCGUGGAAUGGACCUCCCUCUCGUCCGCCUGCUCUCGCGGAUGAAGUGCCGCCCGCGCACGUUGCGCUGCGACCUCAUUCCUGUCUGGCGUUUCAGCUUGGUGGGGAAACCCGGUCCGUGCGAGGGGGGACAACCAAGCUUCCUGAGCAACUUCGCCGACUCCGUCACUACGCUGGAACUUGGCCACCUCUCGAACCCCAUCGAGGAGCUGAUGCCGGAUACCGUUUGGCCCUCCGUGCGCGAACUCUCGGUCACGUCUGGCACCUUCACCAACGUGCGCACGGUGUCCUGCGCGUUCCCCAACCUUCGUGACCUGCGCAUCCGGAACGUGCAGUUGGCGGAUCCAACGAUUCCCGCCGAAUGGCCAGAGUUGCGCUUCCUGUCGACCACAGACCCCAUUCCCCUCCAAUGCCGUGUGCGACACGUACAGCUCAACGUCGACUGCGAAAGGGCCUCCGCAUCGUAUAUUCAACGGUCGCUCGAGAUGUUGCGCCGCGCAUCGCCGACGGUGCUGAGUUGUUACGCAAGCGUUGCGCUAUUCGAAUACAUGGCGGAGCAUCUGCGUGACCUUAAGGUUCUCCACGUGGAUGCGGGCAACGUCCCAUUGGACUUACCCAUGCAUUCUAUACUGGUUUCGCUCGCGACGGCUCUCAGGGCGAUACCCCUCCUCGCCCUUACGCUCGAUAUACCCCUCAGCAACUAUGCCACUUGCAGUGACGAAGCAACCUACGCUGAGAUGUUUGCCGCUGCCAUUCCUUCACUUGAGCUUGUCGGUAUCGACCACUACGAACCCUCGGAGAGACCGCACUCGGCAAUGAUGGAUCCCGCGGAAUGGGACGUCUCCGAACGAAGCUGGUAUCGUGUACCACCUCGGUCAGCCGAUGGUACUCCGGUGCUGAGGGGGCUCUCUCGAUGGACUGGAACCAAGAUCCGCGAAGGACUCGUGGCGUCCUAUGGUUGCCGCGAUUGA